CGCUCGUGUCCCGGUGGUGGCUGAGGCGGCGGCGGCCCCGGCCUGAGGGGCUGGGGUGGUCCCGGGGGCCCGCACGGAGCGGGAUGGCGGUACCGUGAGGAGCUUGCACGGACUGGAUGCCCACGGGAGGCAGGACGCUGUCACACGCUGCCCGCGCUCUCGUCAGGAGCGCUGCGCUGUUCUGCCCUCGCCCGCAGCUCCCCUUGCCCAGACCGCUCUCCUACUCUGCCGGAGUCAGCCUCGGUUGCUGGUGCCAGCUGCUCUUCCAGCCUGUCUCCGUGCUAUCCCCAAAGCAGCGCGGUGCUGCUUUUCCUCUCUCCCUACUUUUGGGCGGCUGGCUGCGCUCAGCCUGCACGGCUGCAGAGGACAUGGCAGAGCAGCGGUAUUGUGUGGACUAUGCCAAGCGAGGCACCGCGGGCUGCAAGAAGUGCAAGGAGAAGAUCGUGAAGGGGAUGGUGCGCAUUGGGAAGAUUGUUCCCAAUCCUUUCACCGAGUCCGGAGGGGACAUGAAGGAGUGGUACCAUGUCAAGUGCAUCUUUGAGAAGCUGGACAAGGCCCGAGCCACCACCAAGAAAAUCGAAGACAUCACAGACUUGGAGGGAUGGGAAGAGCUGCAGGAUGAGGAGAAAGAAAUAAUCAACAAGCACAUCUCAGAAGCCAAUUCAAAGACUGGAGGUACCCCGAAGAAAAAAGUUAUAGUCCAAGCAAAACUCACAGCCACAGGACAGCUGACCACAAAAGAUCCACCAAAGAAAUUCUCUGGAUUCACUGCCAAGCCAAAGAAUUCAGAAGAUGCCCCUGCAAACUCUGCCCAGAAGGCCAGCCUGUCUGCAGCCAGGUGUGAUCCCAAGCACAAGGACUGCCUGCUGCGGGAAUUCCGCAAGCUCUGUGCCAUGGUGGCUGAGAAGCCAAGCUACAAUGUGAAAACUCAGAUCAUCCAGGACUUCCUCAGGAAGGGAUCUGCAGGAGAUGGUUUUCAUGGUGAUAUAUACCUGACUAUUAAGAUGCUGUUACCAGGUGUCAUUAAAAUAGUUUACAACUUGAAUGAUAAGCAGAUUGUCAAGCUGUUCAGCAGGAUUUUUAACUGCAACCAAGAAGAAAUGGUCCGGGACCUGGAGCAGGGAGAUGUUUCCGAGACCGUACGGAUUUUCUUUGAGCAGAGCAAGACGUGUCCCCCAGCAGCCAAGAGCCUCCUGACCAUCCAGGAGGUCGAUGAAUUCCUCAUCCAGCUGUCCAAACUCACCAAGGAGGAUGACCAGCAGAGUGUCCUGCAGCAGAUCAGUCGCAGGUGUACGGGCAAUGACUUGAAGUGCAUCAUCAGGCUAAUUAAGCAUGACUUGAAAAUGAACGCUGGAGCAAAGCACGUCCUGGAUGCUCUGGAUCCCAACGCCUACGAGGCGUUCAAGGCCUCACGGAACCUGCAGGACGUGGUGGAGAGGGUGCUGCAGAACCAGCAGGAGGCCGAGAAGGUGCCGGGGCUGAAGAGAACCCUGAGCGUGCAGGCCUCACUCAUGACCCCAGUGCAGCCCAUGCUGGCUGAGGCCUGCAAGUCCAUUGAGUAUGCCAUGAAGAAGUGUCCCAACGGGAUGUACGCCGAGAUCAAGUACGACGGCGAGCGCGUGCAGGUGCACAAGAACGGGGAUCACUUCAGCUACUUCAGCAGGAGCCUCAAACCUGUGCUCCCCCACAAAGUAGCCCAUUUUAAGGAUUUCAUCCCCCAGGCUUUCCCUGGUGGGCAAAGCAUGAUCCUGGAUUCAGAAGUUCUCCUGAUUGACAAUAAAACUGGCAAGCCACUUCCUUUUGGGACUCUUGGUGUGCACAAGAAAGCUGCUUUCCAGGAUGCCAACGUUUGCCUGUUUGUGUUUGACUGCAUCUACUUCAACGAUGUCAGCCUGAUGGACAGGCCUCUGUGUGAACGGCGCAAGUUCCUCCACGACAACAUGGUGGAGAUCCCCAACAGAAUCCUGUUCUCAGAGAUGAAACAUGUCACAAAAGCUUCAGAUCUGGCAGACAUGAUCACCCGAGUCAUCCGGGAGGGGCUGGAAGGGCUGGUGCUGAAAGAUUUAAAGGGGAACUAUGAACCAGGGAAACGCCACUGGCUGAAGGUGAAGAAGGAUUAUCUCAACGAGGGGGCAAUGGCUGACACAGCUGACCUGGUGGUGCUGGGGGCUUUCUAUGGACAAGGCAGUAAAGGUGGGAUGAUGUCCAUCUUCCUCAUGGGCUGCUACGACCCCAAGAGUGAGAAGUGGUGCACGGUGACCAAGUGCUCUGGUGGCCAUGAUGAUGCCACCCUGGCACGUCUGCAGACGGAGCUGGACAUGGUGAAGAUCAGCAAGGAUCCUAGUAAAAUUCCAAGGUGGCUAAAAAUUAACAAAAUCUACUACCCAGACUUCAUUGUCCCAGAUCCAAAGAAAGCCCCAGUGUGGGAGAUCACCGGGGCCGAGUUCUCCAGGGCCGAGGCGCACACUGCGGACGGGAUCUCCAUCCGCUUCCCGCGCUGCACCCGCAUCCGCCACGACAAGGACUGGCAGACUGCCACCAACCUGCAGCAGCUCAAGGAGCUGUACCAGCUCUCCAAGGAGAAGGCUGAUUUCAGUGUUACAGCUGGGGAGGAAGAUGAGUCCACAGCUGGCAGCAGUGGAGAGAAUGAUGGGAAUUCCAGGUCUUCCACACCUCACAGCAGUAUUAAGAGUCCUCCAAGCAAGUCACCUGCAAAAGCCCAGAAGGCAGAAGAGAGCAAAGGAAUCAUCGGGUCCCCUCAGAAAUCCGAGGAGAAACGAGGGGAGAAGAGAAAAGCAUCCGAGAUGGAGGACAAUGGAAAGAAGGUACAGUCAGGGGCCAGGCCAGCACCCAGGGCGGGGUGGGGGAGCCUGAGGCCAUCGUUGUUUGUUCACUUCACUCCAAGGAACGUUUGUGCCCGAGCUCUGCUUCUCCUUCCCCCUCAGCAGCCGCUGCUGGACAUUUUCACGGGGGUGAAGCUCUACCUGGCGCCCUCGGUGAAGGAUUUUGCCCGAAUCCGCCGCUACUUCAUCGCCUUUGACGGGGACCUGGUGGCAGAGUUCGACACGGCCUCGGCCACCCACGUCAUUGGGGACAUUGAGGACAACCCCGGGGCACAGAGGGUCUCUCCCAGGUGGAUCUGGGAGUGCAUCCGGAAGCGCAGGCUGGUGGCCCCGUGCUAGCAGAGGGGGCAGUGCUGGCACAGAACGGGGGGGAAGAGGGAGGUGCAGAUUCAUAGAGAUUCCUCCGUGGAGGUGUGGAGAGACAGGAAAUGCCCUCGGAAGUAGCUACAGGGAUCCAGAGCAACCCUGUGGAAUGAAUUUCAAAAGUUCUCUGAAGAAACAUCACUGCUGCCCAUACUGUAGACCAGUGCCCUUAUCCAGGUGCUGGUUUAGUAUCCUUGGGUUUUUAAAGUUUGGGUAUUUUUAUAGAUAAAUAAAACUGAAGCAGCUUCUC